AAAAAAGACAGGACCCCCGGAAGAGAGCAGCUGGCGUCGUUUCCCCAAAAAGCAUUUGGUAUCCAUGGGGAUCCAGUAACUCCUCUGCUAUAGCACAUAUUUGACAAGUUACAGUCGGCUCGAGCUUGCACUACAGCUUCAAGUUCAGUGUGGUUCAGACGCGCGGAGCUUCUCAGGGUUUUACUCAAAGUUUGUUUUUUGUCAGUUGGUGAGGCCACCCCAACAACACAGCAGCCAUGGACGCCAUCAAGAAGAAGAUGCAGAUGCUUAAGCUAGACAAGGAGAAUGCCUUGGACAGAGCUGAGGGAGCUGAGGGAGACAAAAAGGCAGCGGAGGACAAGAGCAAACAGCUUGAGGAUGACCUGGUAGCGCUGCAGAAGAAGCUGAAGGGAACAGAGGAUGAGUUGGACAAGUACUCUGAGUCUCUUAAGGAUGCCCAGGAGAAACUUGAACUCGCUGAGAAGAAAGCCACAGAUGCUGAGGCUGAUGUAGCUUCCCUGAACAGACGUAUCCAGCUGGUUGAGGAGGAGUUGGAUCGUGCUCAAGAGCGUCUGGCCACAGCUCUGACGAAGCUGGAGGAGGCUGAGAAGGCUGCUGAUGAGAGCGAGAGAGGCAUGAAGGUAAUUGAAAACAGGGCAUCGAAGGAUGAAGAGAAGAUGGAGCUACAGGAGAUCCAGCUGAAGGAGGCCAAGCACAUCGCUGAGGAGGCUGACAGGAAAUACGAGGAGGUCGCCCGUAAGCUGGUCAUCAUUGAGAGUGAUCUGGAACGUACAGAGGAGCGCGCUGAGCUGUCAGAAGGCAAAUGCUCUGAGCUAGAGGAAGAGUUGAAGACAGUCACAAACAACCUGAAGUCUCUUGAGGCUCAGGCAGAGAAGUACUCACAGAAGGAGGACAAGUACGAGGAGGAGAUCAAGGUUCUCACAGACAAACUAAAGGAGGCUGAGACCCGUGCUGAGUUCGCUGAGAGGUCCGUGGCCAAGCUUGAGAAGACCAUUGAUGAUCUGGAGGACAAACUCUAUCAGGCUAAUGAUGAGAACUUUGGCAUGAGUCAAAUGUUGGAUCAGACACUCAUGGACCUCAAUAUAAUGUAACAACAUGGUCCAUCAUCACACAAACCUGCACUACUCACCUGCUCUGACCUGGUCCAGCAUCACACCAUGAUCACACCAACACUUACCUGCCGUUGCCAUGGAGGGCCCCUCCCUGCCCUCUUUGUGGAAAUCUCUGGGGCUUGACUGUUUUCUCAGCUCUCAGAAGGGCUGAGAAAACAAACACAAUGGACUUGAACUGGAUGUUAGCUAGAAAACAAAGCAGACAUAAUAUGGCUGAGCUGUCACUUGACUCAAAUACCAUUUAUUUUUGCAUGUUAAAGUGAGAUUUAGUUGACAAAAUGUGCACUUGAUUUAUUAAAGCUAUAAUAAUGGACAGGAUCACUGUUGACUAAUUAAGCCAUAACCGAAGCCAAGGUUUAAAACGGGUACUUUUUUAUUCUGCUUUUGUAACUUGUUCUUGAGUUAUUUAUUGUCCAUGUUUCUUUAUGUACAUUCUUCAUAUGUAUGUUCUGGUGCCUCAGUGAUAUACAGUACUUAUAUUUAAAAGAAAGUAAGCAUGUGCAAUAUGUACACUGACAUAAUGUUUAGCGAGGAGGAAGGUACAGUGUGUUCAUUUAAUCUCAAAUAGAUCAACCUAGAUCAUUUCAUGUCCAAUGUCAUCGCUGCGGGAAUGUUUUUUUGUCAAAUAGCAUACAUGUUUGAUUUGAUGGUGUCUCUUGUUCAUUUUAUUAUGUGAAUGUAAUAUACCAUGCAAAAGUAAUACAUAAAUAAAAACCCACAAACAUGCUGA